AUGGCCAAAACACCUCUUUAUGAGAAUUUCAAUGACAUACUACAAUUCGCAAACUCAAAUUCCUCUUCUUCUACAGAAAACUCUACAACUACAGAUUCUACAUCUCAAGGAAUUCAAUCUCAAAAUUCAAAUUUUCCAAAUGAAAAUUUGGAAAAUUCCCAAAAUGCAGAAUCAACUGAUGAUUUUCAAUCAUUAAUAACGCCAAUACAAGAAGAUCAUUUUCCUUCUGCCAACGAACUAAAACAAGGGUUUGAUAUUGCCCAUGAUGUUUUAAUUAGUCCGCCACCUGAGAAUCAACAUCCAGAAAUUGAUGAAGAAGAGACACAAAAAGCAAUUUAUCUAUUACAAAACUUAGACUUUCCUAAGAAAUAA